AUGCCUGUGAACGAAGAAAACAAUAAUGCUUAUGAGAGUGAUGGUAACUCCUCAGUAGAAAGCGAUAAUCUGGUUACGGAAGAGAAAAAAGUCGACUCGACGCCGAAUGUUGUUUCUGUGGAACGGUUAAUACCACAGUUAAAUUAUGAUCAAGAUACACAUCUAUCCUUACAAGCUCGCAGAAGGAAGACUUGUUGUCAGGAGCGAAUGCCACCGCCGCAAGAAUUAGUGUUGACAGGAACUUCCGAACCAGUUAGUCAAAACAAAGAGAACGAAUGCAGUGUAGUCACUGAUUCUAGCCUUGUACGCAAGUCUCAUUCUGAUCUCGCUAUGACUGUUUCAAAUAUUGCUGCCGUAUCAAAAGUAGGUUUGGACUUGGCCGGUGUUGUAUCAAAGAUUGCCCUAGAAACAGCUAAAUUCUCCACCAGAGCUGGUUUGGAUAUUGCAAGAACCAUCACUGGUGUAAUGUCUGAAAGAAUGGUGCAGGCAACCUCUUCAAGGGACGGUGCUGGAAGAAUAAUUGACACUUCAACAACACUGCUGCACCAGACUCUUUCUUUGACCGAACAAAUCGCUCUAGCCGGUCUAGAUUUCACCUCGGAAACGGUGCAACUAGCUUUGGGUACAGCCACCGAAAGCGUGAAUCUGAUCAACACACUUUUUGGUUCAACGGAUGCAGCCAAAGCUUUGGCUGAGUUCGUUCAAUUGGUGAAACGUGAAUGGAAUUUUCAGUACGAUGAAGAUGGUGCCGAGCUCGAUGAGCCAUUUGGAAUCUUUAAUGUGAUGAAAGCAUUGGCUGCUUGGGCAUGUCUCCAAUAUGUAACAGGUGAAAGGUGGGAGAGAGGUUUGGGUGGUUGGAAGAGGAUAAAGCUGGUUGACCUAUGGGACAUGUGCGACUGGGUACACAUUCAGCCCGAUGACACUCUGAUAGAUGAAUUAGAGUUGCUGAUGGCCGAAGAGGAGGAGGAUGAAGAGAUGGUGGUCAUUAAUACAAAUAAAUCAAAUAAUAUAGUGGUUGGAGAGUUAACUCCUCGUGAAGAGUUGUCUGAAUUUAAAUUGAACAUGAAUGAGGACCGUGCCAAGCGACUAAGUGAUCUUUAUUUGGAAACCACGAAAAGAUAUAGUAAUCCGUACUUGGAAGAGCAUGAGUAUCAAAGUAGAGAUGAGAGAUUAUUUUCCCUUCUGCACAAUCUGAAACGAUAUUCAAAAUUUUCAUCAUCCGCAUAUGAUAAUAUCACAACGGCCAUAAAAAGUCGUAUACCAUUUCCUACGCCUCGUCUGUGGAAACAACAAAGAGGUUCUCUGUAUCGGUUCGCAUUUGCCAGUUCAACCGAUCUAUCGCUAGACUCCAUUGUUGAUUCUUCGCAUCACAAAGUGACUAACAAUGAUGGUUACCAACCCACAUAUUUCUUGAUCCGUGAUCACACCACACAAUCAAUAAUCCUUGCUCUACGUGGGACAAUGUCAGUUCAUGAUUUAAUUGUGGAUCUUACUUGCGAAUAUGAAGAUUUUCAGCUGCCCGAAGAUGUUCAGCGAGGCGAUGACACCUUACAUCAGGUUCACAAAGGAAUGAUUAAAGUGGCUAGAUCGAUGGCCACCCCCGGACAAUCUGGUGUGUUUGAAGCAUUGAAAAGAGAGAUGGAGGCAAAUAAGGAUUAUGGCCUAAUAUUAGUCGGCCACUCCCUUGGUGCCGGGGUUGCGAGCUUAUUAGCCCUCCUUCUGGCUUCGCCUUCAACUUGUAUGACCACUCGAUGGAGUCGUCUACCACUAGGCCGAAGAGUUCAUGCCUAUGCAUUCGCGACUCCAUGCGUAAUGUCCGCUGAACUUUCAAGACGUACCAGAAACCUAAUUACAUCGGUUGCCUAUGACAGUGAUAUGAUCUGCAGACUAAGUUUGGGCCAUGUGCUAGACUUGCGGAACAUGGUAAGAUUCCUUGGUCGAAAUAAAUCCAAGAAUGGGGAAGAAACUGCCAGCAAAAUCAUCAAGAAAGUGCUCGACUACCAAUCGAGACAAUUUGGUGAUGACGAAAAAGGCCGAGCCUCAAAGGCCGAAUAUGAAUCGUGGUUUUGGAAGGCAAGACUGGAUGUUUACUCACACAUGCAAAAUCCAAAACUUUAUCCUGCGGGAAGGAAAAAGAUAAUUGUAAGAGUGAUAAUGAUGGAGAAGGAAGCACUACAAGUGACGUGGAUAAAAAACUUGAGAAAGACUCCUCCAAUAAUAUUAGCAGCAAUUGCAACAGUACUUGUGGGAAAGAGUACAUAA